UAUGGGGCGGAGAUGGCAUUCUAGCACACACAUACAGACGACAGCAAGGCAAAGCUAGUGCGAAACCUGUAACACAUCUGAGAGUGGGCACAGAUAUCGACAAACACAACAUAAAGCAUCAAAGGCGUCUUGGCGUGAGGAACCGUCGCUUGGUUUUGCUGUCAUGGCGCAGAAUGAUUUGAUGAGCAACGCGGAGGACGUGGCGGAUCAGUUCCUACGGGUAACGAAGCAGUAUCUGCCUCACAUAGCGCGCCUCUGUCUGAUCAGCACGUUUCUGGAGGACGGCAUUCGGAUGUGGUUCCAGUGGAGUGAGCAGAAAGAAUAUAUCGAGACAACGUGGGGAUGUGGGUUCUUCCUUGCCAUGCUCUUUGUCUUAAUCAACUUGAUAGGGCAGCUGGGUGGCUGUAUACUGAUCCUGAGCAGAAAUUUUGUGCAGUAUGCCUGCUUUGGAUUAUUCGGAAUCAUCGCCUUGCAGACUGUUGCCUAUAGCAUUUUUUGGGACCCAAAGUUUUUGAUGAGGAAUUUGGCCCUGGGUGGAGGUCUGUUGCUGCUCCUUGCUGAGUCCCGCUCUGAGGGCAGGAGUAUGUUUGCUGGAGUUCCCACUAUGAGAGAGAGCUCUCCUAAACAGUACAUGCAGCUCGGAGGUAGAGUCCUGCUGGUGCUCAUGUUUAUGACGCUGCUCCACUUUGACACGAGCUUCCUCUCGAUCUUGCAGAACCUCGUGGGUACAGCUCUCAUUGUCCUAGUAGCUAUUGGCUUCAAGACUAAGCUGGCUGCUCUCACCCUGGUCAUCUGGCUGCUGGCUAUUAACGUGUACUUCAAUGCUUUCUGGACCGUACCAGCCUACAAACCCAUGCACGACUUCCUCAAGUACGACUUCUUCCAGACCACAUCUGUUAUCGGAGGCCUUCUGCUGAUAGUAGCACUAGGUCCAGGUGGAGUGUCUAUGGAUGAGAAAAAGAAAGAGUGGUGAGACUGGACUGAACUCAAACUGCUCACUCACUCGCUCUGUAGUUUUCCUUUUGACAGUAGUAUUUCCAUGCAUUUAUUACGCAAUCCAGGUACCCUACUUGGGGAGGACUGAGCUGAAUUAAGACGUGGCCUAAUAAAGAACCCAGGACCAACAGAAUGACCCAUUCUCCACAUCUCAUGCACUGCCUGUUUUUUCAUCUUGCCUGCGUACUGAAUUAUUUCUACCAGCACUUUUAGACAUUAGUUUAUCAUAUUUAUUUUCUAAGGAUCGGGUCAGAUUCUAAUAUUUGGAAAAUUUGGAUUAUCCACGUUAUAAACAUGUUAUAAAAGUUUAACUGCAACAAUUGAUGUAAUAACAAAUUGUUCUCCAUUGCCCUGUCAUUUUUUUUUUGUCUUUUUCAUCUAGGUGCCAAUUACAGUCAGCUUACCAAAGACAUAACCAUUUCCUUAGCAUGAUUUCCUUGUGAUUCUGUAUAGUAAUGUUCUGCCUUCAAAGUUCAUCAAGAGGAGAGGUACACAAAAGUACAUUUGUGUUUCUAUAUCAGCAAGAAAUUUUUAUUUAAUGGGUCAUUUUUUGUAAUUUUCUUUCACUGGGCUGGUCUUAAACUGAUGUAAUUGCUGUGUUGAAAUUUGCUAUACACUGGUUAUUUUAUAUGGCACAAUGUGUAAAUCCCUGUCAACAGGCCUAACAAGUCACAAACUAGUCAAAAUCAAUUAAUAUUCUCUAUCAUUUUAAAAGGGUGGGAAAUAAAGAUUACGUAAAUAAUGUUAAAUGGCCUUUAAAUAUAUAGCAUUCCUUUUACAAAGAUUUGUUGGCUUCUCAUGUCAGUGUAAGUAAUUGUUAGUUUUGUGUUUGCUGUCUGUUGUCAGGUCACUUUAAAGUAUGCAAAAGGUGAAUUAUAGUAUUUCUCAAAACAAGCAAGAGAGUGAGAUGCGAAAAAUGAAACCCUGUGGUUUGUCAAACUCUGUUUUUCCUCUUUGUACAAUAAGAAAUAAAAAAAAAAAUAUAUAUUGGUUUUCUAAAUGUUUUAAAAAUGUGUUUUGACAUAUAAAGGGAAAAGAAAAGAAAGUGCCAGUUGUUUAGUUUUGUUUUAUCUUUACAGCUAACCAUAUCUUUCUAUC